AUCGCGCAGAUGCUGACAAACUGACAGAGGCUAACAACCACUGCAGUGUGCCGGCUGGAUGCGAGCGAGAGACCAGAGUCGUGUGUGCCCUAGUAGAUCUGACUCAGACGGCGCCUAUUUAGUCAAUCCGAUCUUGCAGUAACUCGAUCGGCAAGUCUCCCACUCUGUGGCCUCUCUCUCUAUCUCCAUGCCACAACCACCACCGUUGCCUUUGCCUCCUCAAACGAGCAGCGCCUGAACUCAAGUGCGACGACGCCGCUGGACGCCAGCAGCCAUGGAAGCAGGUGGCCACGCGUUGCGCGCCGUCGGUGACGUCGUCUUCUUGGGCGCGUACGGCCGCCGGUUGUCGUUGUCAGCGACGAUCGCCGCCUUCGUGGAGUCGCUGCUCCAGGGGUGGGCGGAGGUCAGGGCCGGGCUGCUGGUGCCGCUGCUCCGGGCCGCGGUGCUGCUGUGCACGGCCAUGUCGGUGAUCGUGCUGGCCGAGAAGGUGUUCCUGGGCGCGGUCAGCUCCGUGAUGAAGCUGCGGCGCCGGCGGCCGUCGCGGGUGUACAGGUGCGACCCCAUCGCGCGGCCCGACAAGGACGAGGAGGCAGCUGCUUAUCCCAUGGUGCUCGUCCAGAUCCCCAUGUACAACGAGAAGGAGGUGUACCAGCUAUCAAUAGGGGCAGCUUGCAGGCUCACAUGGCCGGUAGAUCGACUGAUAGUGCAGGUGCUGGACGACUCCACCGACGCCGUCAUCAAGGAGCUGGUGAAGGGCGAGUGCGAGCGGUGGGCCGCGGAGGGGAUCAACGUCAAGUACGAGACGCGCAAGGACAGGGCCGGGUACAAGGCCGGCAACCUCAAGGAAGGGAUGCGCCACGCCUACGUGCGCGGCUGCGAGUUCGUCGCCAUGUUCGACGCCGACUUCCAGCCGGCGCCGGACUUCCUCGUCAAGACCGUCCCGUUCCUCGUCCACAACCCAAGCCUCGCGCUCGUGCAGACGCGCUGGAAGUUCGUGAAUGCCAACGACUGCUUGCUGACGAGAAUGCAAGAGAUGUCCAUGGACUACCAUUUCAAGGUGGAGCAGGAAGCUGGAUCUUCACUCUGCAACUUCUUUGGCUACAACGGAACUGCUGGAGUAUGGAGAACGCAAGCGAUUGUCGAGUCCGGGGGUUGGGAGGACCGAACUACUGCUGAGGACAUGGACUUGGCACUCAGAGCAGGGCUCUUGGGCUGGGAAUUCGUUUACGUUGGGAGCAUAAAGGUCAAGAAUGAGCUGCCAAGUACUCUCAAGGCGUACCGGUCCCAGCAGCAUCGCUGGUCAUGUGGACCUGCGCUCCUGUUCAAGAAAAUGUUCUGGGAAAUUCUUGCUGCCAAGAAAGUGUCGGUUUGGAAGAAGUUGUAUAUCAUCUAUGACUUCUUCAUUGCCCGGAGGAUCAUAGGCACCUUCUUCACCUUCUUCUUUUUCAGCGUCCUGAUUCCUCUUUACAUUCUAUUACCAGAAGCGCAGAUUCCUGUGUGGGAGCUGAUCUACAUCCCUACAGCUAUCACUCUUCUCAACUCUGUUGGGACUCCAAGGUCUAUCCAUCUGAUUAUACUGUGGGUCUUAUUUGAGAAUGUAAUGGCGUUGCAUCGGUUUAAAGCCAUCUUGAUAGGGUUUUUCGAAGCUGACAGGGCCAAUGAAUGGAUUGUUACACAAAAGCUGGGGAACUUGCAGAAGCUGAAAUCGAUUGCCAGUCUUACAGGGAACUAUCGUUUCAAAGACAGGUUCCAUUUCUUGGAGGUAUUUAUCGGACUAUUCCUUUUGGCCUCGGCAUGCUUCGACUACUUCUACAGAGAUGACUAUUUUUACCUCUUUGUUCUUCCUCAAUCGAUCAUGUAUUUUGCAAUUGGAUUUCAGUUCAUUGGUCUCAGUGUCUCCCAAGACUGACCAAUUGCAAGACACAAUCGAAAUUUUUGGUUGCAAUAUCAUGAUUGCUCAGAUGAAGGUCUUGUAUUAAUGAUCUACAAAAGGGCAGGUAUUGUGUGCAAUGAAGUAGAGAUGUUUUAUACUUCAAGAUAGGAUAAGCACAUCGGAGGUUGAGACAAAUCUAUUAAUCUACUCGGUGCAGAAAAUUGCAUCUGAAACCUGUUGAUUUACCUGUUGAUAUAUCUGAAACACAACCAGUGUAUUUAGAUA